AUGGAAGAUGGAAAUAUAUGUGACACGUUAAAAUAUGGAGAACAGGUAAGUAGUACAUAUGCUGAAAUAUAUUUUGAAGAUAAAGAUGCCACCUUAGAUAACGUCGAAGUUUAUACUAAGUUGCCCAAAAAUCAAAAACGCUUUUCAAAAUUUGUUAAAUCGAAGGACGAAUGGAAAUCGCCAAGUGAUCUUUUAAUCGGUACAAUAAAGUUAAUUCCACCUUUUACAUCAAAAAUCACUAGAGGCAAAACACAUGAAGGUAUAUUAGCCAUUGGAAAUUUGGUUUUAGAAAAUGAAAGGAAAAAUUUUUUAGCAUUAUUAACAAAUUUGUUGAAUAACAAUGAUACUUCUUGGAAUUAUAUAUUAAGACAUGAAAAACAAGAAGUCAUAAAAAAGGUUAAACUGAUCUUUCAAAAUAUAUUUAAAUUUAAAAGUGAGAUUAUGAAAAAAGAACUAAUGCAAUUUUUUGAACAAUCAUUGGCUGACUUAGAUAAAUAUAUGAAAACUGAAAUGCAAGUAAUCUUGCAGACGGCUUAUUCGAGUACUAUUAGUGAUUUAAAUAAUCAAAUCUUUCUCAAAUUACAAAAAGAAAGGAAAAAAUUAGAAAAUAUCUUGCAAAGAAAGUAUGCCAUUGAAAUUCAGAAAGUUAAAAAAUAUUAUACACUUUUGCUUAACAAUGAACGAUACAGAAACGAUAAGUUGGUUAAAAACUCUAUUCAAGAACGAAAUGAAGCACUCAGAAUAUUUUAUAAACAAAUUGAAGCCCAACGAACUACUACCACGAUGUAUGUUAUGACUAUGGAAAGAAAAAAGUGUAAAGUGCAAAAAAUGCUUCUACAAAACUUACAAACAGCUGAAAUAACAGAAAAAUUAAAUAAUAUUAAAGAAAGAACUGAAAAUAUUGAAGCAUUUAGAAAGAACCAUAUCGGAAUCUUAGAUAUAAAUAUAAAAUGGGAGAAUAAUAUUAAAAAUAUUCUUAAAAUAUUUUUAAAAUUUAUAGCUUUUUCUUUGAAACUUCUACCAGAGCAGACAACUUUCUUAUUGGAUUUAGAAAAAAUGGUUGUUAUACAAUUACAGGAAAUAAGAAAAAAACAUGAAACAACAUCAUCAAUAUUAAUUAAUAAAGAAUCAGAAGCCAAUGCAUUCAAAUUCGAAAAAUCUGAUCAAAAGAUUCAGUCCUGUGAAAUGGAGCCGUUUGUUUUAUUUGGUGACCUGUCGUAUCCAGUUCCUCCUCAAUAUGGUAGUAGGGAAACUUUACCGUCUGAAGUAGAAUUAACUCAUUUUAGACUCCAGAGGCAAUGCGUAUAUGCAAAAUGUCAUGGAUUUGAAAGUAUAAAACAAUUUCUACAAUCACAACAUUGUCAAUGUCGCACAACUCAACAAUCAACUCAAAAAUUAAAUUCAAAGGAUGAAAAACCUGUUUCGUAUGCAUCUACGUCAGUAACCCGUGAAUCUUCAUUCGAGUCCCUAUUAGUGGAUGAUGUUCUACAAGUGCAAGAAUGCCCACUAAGAAAAUGUGGCAAAUGGAUAGAGAGAAAUUCUUUUCCUCUUUUGACUUCUUAUGUGGAUUAUACUGAAGAGAACUUUAGAAGAGUUACAGCUAUACUCGGAAAAAAUCAAAAAAACGAGUCCUUACCGGAUUUUAUCGAUCCGAAAACAAUAGCCUACAUAGAAUUACCAUUUUCCGCUACCAAAGAAUCCCAUCGUACAGUAGGCACUCAAUAUUCAAGUCAAGAAGAUUUAACAUCAACACAAUUAUCAUGCCCGUGUAUUGAAAAAGUAUUUGAACAAUGUCAAACAUCAAUUUCUUCUAAGACGACACGCAUUCAAAAUAUAGAGGCAAAGCGAAGACGUUCAUUAGAGAUAUUAACUAGAGAACACCCAAGUUUAUUUAAACUAUUCACAGAUGAAUGCUUCGAUUACAAAUUA